AGAAUUGCGUCCUAUGACGCAAAGUGCCUCGUGAAGUCAAGUGUCGCUCAAAACCAGGCUCCCUUGGCAUGCACCCUGAUUCAUGUAUUGGAAGAUUGAAGUGAUGGUUUCGGUGAGCCAGCCCCCACUACUGAUGUGCACAGGCGAGGGAAUCUUACCAUUCAACACCCAGAAAUUGGCUCUUCAGAAUAAGUAUGCAAACGGAGGAAAGAUUCUCAAAUAUCUCAGCUACAUCUCUUUUCUCAAAACCAAAGUAUCUCCUUGCAAUAAUUCCUUCCGGACACACUCAGCAAGCGUCCGAUCACAAUGAGUCCCCUUACCAUGUACAGUCCCCUUGAAGAUAAGAGCGAGAAUGGGUUUCAGUCCUCAGAAGACCACGAGAGUUUGCUCUCUGGCUCUGUAAAAUCCUAUAGAAAACCGACUCCGAGAACUUUAAUCUGGAUCCCAAUGCUCAUGCUCCCAAUCAUCUCAGCAUUUCUCAUCGGAUUCGGUGUCUGGAUUGGAAGCCAUUGGUUCACCAACACCAACGCUGUCUGUCUCGCGCAUGUCCAAAACUAUUCGCCCAUACAAAAAGAGGUCGACAACUCAUACCACAUCGUCAAAUACAACGGCUCUUUCCUGCAUGAAAACUUAUUCCGAAAACCGGCCGGCCCGGAAGUUGACGCAGCCUGGGACUCUCUAGGAGUAAACUAUAGAAGCAUUGCUGUCCCCCGCUCUGAAGCCCCCAAAUCCGGUCUCAAGCCUUCCCAAGUCCAGAUAAACCCCAAAUACGGUGGCGGAUUCCCCGCCAACGUCGAAGGCCUCCACCAUUUGCACUGUCUCAACCUCGUCCGCCAAUCACUCUACUACAACAUAGACUACUAUCGCGCAGAAGGCAAAGGCGCCUUUGUAAACGAAGACAUGAUUGUCCGGCACCACGUUUCGCAUUGUCUUGAUAUCAUAAGACAGCAGUUGAUGUGUACUGUUGACACUGGGAUGCUGGGACAGGUUUGGUGGGACAAGAGCUUUCCCAAGGCAUUUGUGGAUUUCAACACGGAGCAUAAGUGCAAGAAUUUUGAUGCAGUUAGGCAGUGGGCUGAGGAGAGGCAGCUUCCGGAGAAGGUGCCCGAUGACUUCUUGAAACCUCCACAAAGUGAGGAGGAGGUUUAUGAGGAGAUUCCUUGAAGUGAGCUUCGGGGAUUGCAUUGGGGCAGUAUAUCGAGAGCAAAAGAGAAAAUCUAGUAGACCAAGGUUCAAAGUCAUCCAAAAUCGGAGAGAGGAGCAGAGAAGUGGAGUGGGCUCCAAAGUCCCGACUGGAAAGAGUUGACUUUAAAGAGAGAGCGAGGGUUUGUUGAUGGAUACUCAAACUGUUUUUUUUUUUUGGCUCGAUUUACGCAUUUAUUCAUUCAUCAGACCCGUGCACCGCAAAUGAGAUAUCGGCAGCAUCGAAAU